AUGGCUGACAAUGAUGAUGAGGAAGCUGAUGCUGAUGGGGAGGAUGGCCCCACUACUUGGAAGCCAAAGAGGAUGGUCAAGGAAUGGGAGAAUGAGCAUGGCAUUCGCCAUGUCACUAUCAUUGUCUGGCUGAGCAGUGGCGUGACCGAAGCAGACAUCGAAACCAUGGUCUCUGCGAAUGGCAAGAAGCUAACAAUCAGUGAGAAGUGGCACCAAGACCUCUUGGAUAUUGGGGAGUUCUAUUAUCUCUAUCAACAAAGGCGAAAGAAAGCCUAG